AUGGCUUCCUUGACGGUGGAAUCAAAAGCCAACUUGGCAACAGCCACAAAACCGUCGUCGUCAGAGGUGGUAGAAAUACGGCUGCAGAGUAAAAUAAUAUCAGCAUGCACGGGAGCAGUAAUAACGUCGCUCCUGAUGACACCGUUCGAUGUAGUCAAAACACGGCAGCAGUCACGGACACUUCGGCUGGCGUCCCUGUGCGUCGACGUAGACAAAGGGUUCUUCAGCAGCAGCAGCAAUGGCAGCAGUGGGUCGGCGUGGCGGCAAGUGUACAGGGAGGUUGUUGCGGCGCCGCCACAAGCAAUGACCUUGGCAAUGCGCGGCGUACAGCAGCAGCAGCAUGUCGUAGGUACAGUGGCAGGAAUGCGGCAUAUCGCAGAAACCGAGGGCGCACGCACGCUUUGGCGCGGGCUAGCCCCCACCCUGGUAGCCUCCGGGCCCUCCACCGUCAUCUACUUUGUCGGCUACGACUACCUGCGGCAGUACCUAGGCCGGCGAAUCCAAAGGAGCUCAUGGCAUGAAUACGAAAAAUACUCGGCACUGCUGGCCGGGUGCCUAGCACGCACCGCAGCAGUAACAGCAAUCUCGCCAAUAGAACUCGUCCGCACCCGCAUGCAGUCUGCGGCCACACACGAUUUCAAAACAGUCAUGCGCGGCGUUUCCUCCAACAUCCGCGCAUCCGGAAUCCACACCCUGUGGCGCGGGCUGGUGCCGACGCUGUGGCGCGACGUGCCGUUCUCGGCCAUUUACUGGUUCGGCUACGAGCGGUGGCGCGACGUGUACGCGCCGCUGCUAAAGGCGGCAGAACCCGCGGGCGGCGGCAGCGGCAGCGGCAGUGGCAGGGACAUCCUGGUGGCGUUCUGCUCUGGGGCAUCCAGCGGCGUUGUGGCGGCAGCGUUGACGACGCCGUUUGAUGUGGCAAAGACGCGCAGGCAGAUCGAGCAGCAUGCGGACGCGCAGGCGCACCGCCGACACCGCCGGUCACUCGCGCAGGUGAUGCGGCAGAUUGCAGCGGUCGACGGGCUCCGCGGACUGUUCGCCGGGCUGGCACCCAGGCUGAUGAAGGUUGCGCCGUCCUGCGCCAUCAUGAUCUCGGCGUACGAGUUUGGCAAGCAGGUGUUGAAAUGA